GUGUAUUGAGCGCUAUAUAAAAAACCGGAUUAUUAUUAUUAUUAUUAAAGAGUUGGGACUGACGAUUGGUCUUCGGAAGCAAACGGUGAAGAACUUCUUCGUGUAGAGAACUUUGAAAAGUGCACCUGCAAGUCAAGAGCAUCAUCGUGCAUCACGCAGUUUGAUCCCACUUUUGUUCUGCGACUGAGAGCGCAAAUGAUGGACGGAGCGUUGAAAACUGAAGAAAGGAAAAUGUUUAUCAUGGGGCGAGUGAGCGCGACAAUCCAGUGCGGUGAGACAACCCAAUGCUCUAAGAGAGCCGGACAAAAGGAUAGACAGAGGGCAAGAGUCAGCUACAUGGUAGAGGGGAAGCGUGUGUGCAGGGAGACCUACAUGUUUCUACACAGUGUUGGUGACACCCAGCUUCGGAAUAUCACCAAAAGCUACCUACAGAAAGGGGUCGUCCCUCCAUCUAAGGCAUCAGGUGGCAUCAAGGCGAACAAAGCAGCUCAUAGCAGCGAUGACAUCAACAGAGUUGUGACGUUUAUCACAAACUUCGCAGACACCCAAGGCCUCGUCAUUCCAGGGCGCAUCAGUGGCGUCAAGAGCUCCGAUCCCCGUAUAAGACUUCUCCCGACCAAUCAGACGAAGGCGUCUGUCUGGAGGAGCUAUGAGACGGAACUUGCCUCCAAGAAUGAUCAGCGUGUGGCAAAAGGACUUCCUCCUCAUAGAAGUGCAAAGCAGACAACAUUUCUUAAUGUUUGGAGGAGAUACUGCCCCUUUGUGAUCACAUCUCGCCCCAAAACUGACCUGUGCUGGCAGUGCCAGAAGAACAACUCUGCAGUGUACCAGAGCGCCAACCUAACUGAGGAAGACAAGCUCGGCCGUAUCCAGACCCAGACAGAACACCUUGCCCAUGUUGCUGUUGAGAGGAACCUAUACCGGGACAUGGUUCUUGACUCCCAAGCUGCCGUCAAGGAAGGGAGAGAUGGGGAGGAAAUGCACUACUCCUUUGACUAUGCUCAACAGAUGCAUUUUCCCACCGAUCCUGAUCACCCUGGCCCCAUGUAUUUCCUAUGCCCAAGGAAAUGCGGUUUGUUUGGAGUGACAUGUGAUGGUACAAACAAGCAAGUUAACUACCUCAUCGAUGAAGGGAUGACUUCAAGCAAAGGUUCCAACUCUGUAAUAAGUUAUCUUCACGACUACUUCGAUCAGUUUGGGAGGGGUGAGCGAGUGCUGCAGUUGCACUGUGAUAACUGUGGAGGACAGAACAAGAACAAAUUUCUCAUGUGGUAUCUCGCCUGGAGAACUCUGUAUGGUUUGCACGACGAGAUUGGUGUUCAUUUCAUGGUAUCCGGACACACAAAGUUUUCACCCGAUCGUACAUUUGGCCUUGUGAAACACCGAUACAAGAGGACCUUCGUCAGCAGCCUGCAGGACAUCAGUGACGUUGUAGAGGAGAGCUCUGUCAACGGACACAACAUUCCUCGACUUGUGGGACUGGAGGAUGGUACAGUUAUCGUACCAAGCUACGACUGGCAGAGCUUUCUUGCACCGUUCUUCUUCCCUCUCGCUGGCAUCAAGAAGUACCAUCACAUCAGGUAAGAUAGAAGAUCAGUCAAUACGAACAAAUUUCUUUUUAAAUGUAUG